CGGCGUCAGCUGACUGUGGCGGCGGCGGCCUCGCGGGGACAACCGUCAGCGUCGCGGGCUCGGCGCGGAGGGUCGCGGGUGCGGCAGCUCUCGACGGGGCCGGCGCAGCGCCAUGGCGACCACCGUCAGCACGCAGCGCGGCCCGGUGUACAUUGGCGAGCUCCCGCAGGACUUCCUCCGCAUCCUGCCCACGCAGCAGCAGCAGCAGAUCCAGCUGGACGCGCAGGCAGCCCAGCAGCUGCAGUUUGGAGGGACAGUGGGCACGGUGGGCCGCCUCAGCAUCACCGUGGUGCAGGCCAAGUUGGCAAAGAAUUACGGCAUGACCCGUAUGGACCCGUACUGCCGGCUGCGCUUGGGCUACGCGGUGUACGAGACGCCCACGGCGCACAACGGCGCCAAGAACCCUCGCUGGAAUAAAGUCAUCCAGUGCACGGUGCCCCCGGGUGUGGACUCCUUCUACCUGGAGAUCUUUGACGAGCGAGCCUUCUCCAUGGAUGACCGCAUCGCCUGGACGCACGUCACGAUUCCUGAGUCCCUGAAGCAGGGCAAGGUGCUGGACGAGUGGUACAGCCUGAGUGGGCGGCAGGGCGAUGACAAGGAGGGCAUGAUCAACCUGGUCCUGUCGUACACGUCGCUGCCUGCUGCCAUGAUGAUGCCGCCUCAGCCCGUGGUCCUGAUGCCCACUGUGUACCAGCAGGGUGUUGGCUACGUACCCCUCACAGGAGUGCCUGCUGUCUGCAGCCCCGGCAUGCUGCCCGUGGCCCUGCCCCCGGCAGCCGUGAGCGCCCAGCCCCGCUGUAAUGAGGAGGACCUGAAAGCCAUCCAGGACAUGUUCCCCAACAUGGACCGGGAGGUGAUCCGCUCUGUGCUGGAAGCCCAGAGAGGGAACAAGGAUGCAGCCAUCAACUCCCUGCUCCAGAUGGGCGAAGAGUCCUAGAGCGCGCCCCUCGCUGCCACGUUGCUCCCAGCCCUUUGGACUUGCCAACCCCAGGGUUCCCCAGGGAGCACUGUCCCGAUGAGAUUCCCGUGAAAGACCCCUGUGUAGCCCCUUCCCUCGGACAUCUGUUUCCCUGGCCCACACCCUUGGGUGGGAUGCAUGUGGGUUUUCGGUCCCUGGCGGCUACUCUCAACCAUUGGUUGGGGGUGUGGGUGUGGGUGGCUUUCCUCCUAGCUGUGCUGGGAGAGGGGCAGACACGGCGUGUCCUGUGUACACACAUGCACCUUCCCGCCGCUUGAGGAUGCACGUCCUCAAGUGCCGUGCGCUUCCUCUCACCUGUUCCCGGAUGCCUUGUGGGAGCUGCCUGCCUCUGCCAGGGCCUUAGGAAGUAUGGAGCCUCCUCCUGGGGUGAUUAAUGGCAUGCAGUUAUUGGCUUAAUUGAGAUAGACCUGUUAAUUUAAGGUACAGAGAGCCCAGUAACAGCUGAUUUGGGGUUAUUUUUACAACUUUCAAACUGAAACUCGUGUCUUUCCCUGGAUGCUCUUUGUGGACGUGGGCUGCUCGCCAUGUCCUGGUCGGCCUCAGCAGUGCAGAAGGAGCCGGUGUCCAGGGCGGACGAAGCCUGAGCAGGCGUCCUGAGCUCCUGGAGCGCCCCUUCCCCUGCCCUGCUGUGUUCAUGCCAACUUCCCAGAGUGUCAUUCCGAGGGGCUGCUUCUCUCUCUUGCAACAGAACCUGAAAUUGGGGGUAAAAAGUAAUAGACACAGUGCUUUGUAUUUGUUUACUAAAGGGUAUUUAGGACCUCUUGGCUUAUUGCUGAUGUUGAUCUAAACAGACGUUGUGCCCCAGUCAUGUGAAUUCAGUUGGUGACAGAAAUAGCAGUCUCGUGAACGUCAGCAUUUGAAAGUCUUGCCAAGAGGCUGGAGGUGUGCGUGCUACGUCUGGACCACACACUGGCCCUGGCCAUGGGCACAAACUGGGGACAGGUUGGCUAGUGAAAUCAAAUUUGAGAAAUUUCUCAGAAGUAAUGCACUUUAAAUAAUGCGUGUGCAUUGAACGGCUUACGUGCGCAGGUGCAUGUCUGGGGUCACAACGUUCAAUAAGUCACGGUCACUGUUCCUCCUUCUGAGUCGUCACCUCAGCCUCUGGACACACAGUCUCCCCCGUGUGGAUCCCGGCAGCAUGGACCUCUGUGGACGAUUUAGCACAAGGAAGUUAGAGCUUCAGUGUUGGCCUUUUCCCUCUGCGCACACAGGUUAAGUUUACUGUCGGCUGGAAGAGACUGCCUUCUGCCCCCACGGGUGUGUUUUGCUCGGGUGUGCUUUGUCGGAGUGGUUUUGUAGGCUGAAGAGGCGGUUGGUGGCGGGUGGUGCUGGACCAGGUAAGGGCUUCUGGAGCGGCGGCGCUGUGCUGUUGGGGAAGGAGUUCAGGCUGCUUGCUUGAACUCGGUGAGCCCUGCUUUCUCAUAAAUCAAAACUCAUGUUUCAGCAGUGGGUUUCUCCUCAGACAGAGGAAGUGUUGGGCAGUCCUGCUGCUCUCUGGAUUGUCUGGUGGGACCUUGACAAACUUGGCACGGGACAGACAGUGCCGGCCCCCAUGUCCCCGGUGGCCCAGUGUUUUCUGCCUUGCCUUUGCUGGGGUGCCGGGAGGCUGCGCGUGCGUGGGCCUCCAGGAGCACCUCUCGCUGGGAUGUGCAGGGAUGUGGGACACACACGCUCGCUCAUUGGUGGGCCCUAGCUUGAGGGAGAGUCAUGGUUUUAAGACGACUCUAAACUUGCCACAUCUCUUAGUUUCCUUUUUCAUGAACUCUGUAUUUUUUUAAUAGAUAAAGGGAGAUCAUAUUUUAUAAGGCCUUUAUUUGUUAAAUUAGACUCUCCUUUUCUUCAUUUCAUGCUGUGUUCGUGCUGGAGCACUCGCUGUGGAGGCAGCCUGCUCCUCACCGCUGGGAAGUUGUGUUCUCUGAAGCACCGCGCAGGCCCUGGGGGAGGCGUGUUAGCCAGCUUCACAGCGGGGCCACCACAGGCUUGAGCCGGACCUGGAUGGCUGCCGGUGUCCGGGGCCCGAGACCUCCUCGCACAUCCUUGGCAGAGCCACAUGCGUCUCCCAUAUGUGUGCAGGGGCCAGAUGGCACAGCCUGGGCCAGGUCGGAGCCCAAAGGACCUGGUGCACUGAUGUCCUCUCUGGCCUCAGUCCCCAGGCCCGUGUGAGUGAGGAGAAAGGGGUUCUGUGUGGUUAGGGUCUGGCCCUUCAGCAUCUCCUGAGGGCCACCCUGCGCCCUUUACCAGUGUCCUCUGGGGUUGGCAUGGUGGCUGUGGCUGGAAAUGAUGCUCAGAACCUUGUUUCUGAUGAUUCUGUUGGGGUCCAGUGUCCAGAGUUUUCUUUGAUUGUAAAAUAUAUUUUUACUUUUCAGCCUUCUAACUUAAUAAAUGAUCUAUAUGAAAUAGACAAUUAAAGUCCUCUAAGGAAAGUUUA